GCGCUGACGCUGAGCGUCGUCAGCAGCGUGUCGCUCGUGAUCGUGAACAAACACUUGAUCAGCAUUCUCGGGUUCAGAGAGGUGACAUUUUUGACGGCGAUGCACAUGGUGCUCACGGCGUUGGUGCUUCGCGCGGCGGCGAGGAUGGGGUACUUUGAAAAGAAGUCGGUGGGGAGGGCGGAGGUGGUGAAGUUUGGCGUGUUGAACAGCGCGUCGAUCGCGCUGUUGAACUUAUCGCUAGGAUUUAAUUCGGUGGGGUUUUAUCAGAUGACGAAACUGAGCAUCAUUCCCGUCACCGUGGGGUUACAGAUAACGUAUUUUAACAAGAAAUUCAGCGCUGGGGUGAAGAUGAGUUUGUUGGUGCUGCUCCUCGGCGUCGGGGCGUCGACGGUGACGGAUGUGCAGCUCAACGCGACGGGGAGCGUCGUCGGGGGGUUAUCCGUGGUCACCACGGCGUUAGGACAGAUAUUGACCGGAUCGAUGCAACAAAAGCAUCAAAUCAGCUCAACGCAGCUGCUAUGCGCGUCGGCACCGUGGAUGGCGAUGACGCUCAUGAUCCUAGCCCCGCCCGUGGACGGCGUCCUGAACGGAGGUAACAUCCUCGAGUCGAGGUACUCCAACGAGGUCCUCAUCGUCGCCUUCAUCUCGUGCGGUCUCGCCAUCGCGGUAAAUUUCGCCACUUUCGCCGUCAUCGGCAAGUGCUCCGCCGUCACCUACCAAGUCGUCGGUCAUUUGAAAACCAUGCUCAUCCUCGGUUUCGGUUUCGCCGUCGUCGGCGACCCAAUCGUCGCCAAGAACGUCUUCGGUUUGCUCGUCGCUCUUUGCGGCAUGUUCCUCUACGCU